AUGGCUGCUAUUCGGUGGACAGCGGCUGUGGCCGCCGUCCUGGUGAUGAGCUGUCUGACCAGAAGCAGCAGCAGCGGUGAAAGCGGCGAAUCCGUCGAAAGUGUUGAGCCCGGGAUGAUGGUCGGCCUCAUCUCAUCGCUGGAGUUACACGAAACAAGGUACUACCUUAAUCAUGAACAGUCACCAAGAGCUGUUUACCGCCUGGUCUUCUGUGCCAACGUAUCCCGGAAAGACAUUCCGAUGGGCAGCCUGGUCACUGUGUCGUACGAUAAGAUCCUGGACGGCGUCAUGUACUCGUGUACGGUCCCCUCCGAGCCCAUGGCUGCUGGGCUGCAGUCCAGCAGCCGGGGCAGGCUGCUGCUGCUCGGGGAGGCAAUCACCACGCCAACGGCACCCAGAAUUCUUGUCUACACAGCUUCGUUCUGUGGACAUGACAAGCAGGCGUCGAUAACGCAGGAGCUUGCUUGGUGUGUUGCGUGCGGGGUCAGUUGUCGUUCUGGUCACUGGCCACGAUCGUGA